AUGGCAUCUCGACUUUGCUCUCGCUUGGCAUAUACCCGGCCAGCCCCUGUUGGCAUUCGACUGAGUGGCGUCAUCCGGCCCACUGCAACUACAACAUCAACGUCCAAGUCCUUCCCACCUGCCGCGAAACUAGCUGCUACAAGACAGCAAGAACGAUAUAGUUCAAACUCUCCCAUGGAGCCCGCUCCCAGCUAUGCCCGGAAGAAGGUUACCAUCAAGUCAUUGGAAGCCCUGUACCGAAAGGGGGAACCAAUUACCAUGAUGACGGCGCACGAUUUUCCUAGCGCUAAUGUAUGUGAGGCUGCGGGCAUGGAGAUGAUCCUGAUUGGGGAUAGUUUGGCAAUGGUGGCUCUAGGGAUGAAUGACACAAGCGAGGUCACGCUUGAGGAGAUGAUUGUGCAUUGUCGUAGUGUCUCCAGGGCAGCGGCGUCGGCCUUUGUGGUUGGUGAUAUGCCGAUGGGUUCAUACGAGAUUUCGGAGGAACAGGCGGUCCAGACUGCUAUCAGGCUCGUGAAAGAGGGUCGUGUCCAAGGUAUCAAGAUCGAAGGAGGCCAGGAAAUCACGCCUAUUAUCAAGCGCAUUGUCAAGGCGGGAAUCCCUGUGGUUGCGCACGUUGGACUAACUCCGCAGCGACAAAACGCUCUCGGAGGAUUCAGGGUACAAGGAAAAUCCAUGGCCACGGCAAUGAAGGUUUAUGAGGACGCUCUGGCCGUCCAGGAGGCCGGUGCUUUUAUGACGGUGGUUGAAGCAGUACCUGCUGAGAUUGCUUCUAUCAUCACGAAGAAGUUGCGUAUCCCGACUAUUGGUAUUGGUGCCGGUAACGGAUGCUCAGGUCAGGUGCUGGUGCAAAUCGAUAUGUUGGGCAACUAUCCUCCUGGAAGGUUCUUACCAAAAUUCGUCAAGAAGUACGGCGACGUGUGGUCCGAGAGCUUGAGGGCCAUUGAACAGUAUAAGAGUGAAGUCAAGAGUAGGGAAUACCCGUCGCCUGAAUACUCAUACCCGACUACAAAGGAAGUCGUUGCGGAAUUUGAAAAGGUAGUUGGGGAGAAAUAG